AAGGCAAAAAUCCAAAACCCUAAUUACCCGCCCCGCACCCAUUCUCCGAAAUGGCUUCCGCAGCCUCUCCAAGAAUACCCACCGAGACGGUGAAGAACGCCGUGGAGGCUCUCCUGAAGUGGCGAGAUUCCAAUUCCGAGUCUCACAAACCCAAACUCUUCGACGCCGACGAAGAAUUCGUUUACUUAGUCGUCACUCUGAAAACCAUCCCUCACAAAUCCCGCGUUAACCCUUACAAGGUCCCUUUACCCCACUCUCUCCUCUCUCCCUUCAACGAGACUUGCCUCAUCAUCGACGACAGGUCCAAAUCCAAACUCACUAAACAAGAAGCUCAAAAGAAGAUCAAGGCCAAUAACGUCGCCGUUUCCAAGGUCCUCAAGUUGUCGAAGCUGGCCUCCGAUUACCGCCCUUUUGAGGCGAAGCGGAAGCUCUGUGAUUCAUAUGAUCUUUUUUUCGCUGAUAAGAGAGUGGUGCCUUUGAUGCCCAGGCUGUUGGGGAAGAAAUUCUUUAAGAAGAAGAAGGUGCCGGUGCAGGUGGACUUGACUAAGAAGAAUUGGAAGGAGCAGGUGGAUAAGGCGUGUUCGUCGGCGCUUCUGUUUCUUGGAACGGGGACUUGUUGUGUUGUGAAGGUUGCCAAGGUUUCCAUGGAGAGCGAGCAGAUUGUUGAGAAUAUGAUGGCUGCCAUUGAGGGGGUUGUUGAGGUUGUGCCGAAGAAGUGGGCGAAUGUGAGGUCCUUGCAUGUUAAGCUUUACGAGUCGCUGGCGCUGCCUGUUUUCCAGGCUGUUCCGGAGGUGAAGUUGAGGAUUGAGGGAAGUAAGGUUGAGGAGGCGGAGAAAGAGAAGCAGACGAUGGAGGAGGAGGAAGAGGGCGAAGACCAUAGUGGCGCGAAGGCGGUGAAGAAGAAGAAGAAGGGGAGGAUUCAUGAAGUUAGAUACAUGGAUAGCGAAGUUGGUGAGGAUAAUGUUGAAGAUGUGGCAGGUAGUGAGGAUGAUGGUGGUGGUGUUGUUAUGGAGGAAGAUUUAAAGGAUGCUGGAAAAGGUAGUGGAGAAUUGGCGAAUAAGAAGAGGAAGAAAGGGGCAUUGAGUGAGUUGAGCAGUGUCAAAGAAUUGAAAAAAUCUGUUAAGAGAAGUGGUAAAAAGGAUAAAUCUGCGAAAGUGAUGAAGGAAAAUUCCAUCAAGAAGAAUCAGAAUAGUGAAUUAUCUGUUGAGGAUGGAGAUUCAGGAAAGAAGGGGAAGAAUAUCAAGAAGAAACUAUCUCUAUUGAAGUCAGAAGAAGCUGAUUUGAAAAAGAAAGUGAGGGCCAAGAAAAGUAAGAAGGCUGCUUAAGGUUAUUGUUAGGAUUUACUGUUAGAUUUCACUGCUUGAUUUAACUCUUGGUGGCUGCCAUGUGUUGUUUUCAUUUGUUGAGUCCUCUGGCAGAUUUUGUAUCAAGCAUAAUUUGUUUUGUUAUUCUUUUUGAGUUCUGUUUUGAUCAUUUUAUAACUUGCUAUUGCUACUAUCCAAUAUUCCUAUAAUUGAGCUUUAGAUUGAUUUGUGAGAAGGAGAAUCAAAAUAUUGUUUUCUC